AUGAAGUGGAUUACAGUAGCAAUUUAUUGCUCUUAUAGUUUAGUUUCAAGAAAAAUGUUAAUGGCAACAAAUAUUUUUACCAGAUAUCCAUACGUUCCUGAAAUAAUUGAUGAGGGUCGUAUAAAUGAGAAUGAACGAUUUAUAUUCUAUAAUACAACUAAGAAGAUUUGGACAUUCCAUCGAUUGGCAUUCAAUGAUUCGAUUAUGAUACGCAUGGAUAAUACUUAUUUUAAUUAUUCUAAAUCAAAUAAAAAUCAGAGUUUUGUCACAUUUUACUUUCUGGAUAAGGACGAAUAUGAAAUUGUUCAUUUUAUGUUUUGUCCUGGCAGCUCUGAAGUUAAACUUAAAUGCAUUUACAAACCAUAUGAAAGUGCUGUUACUAUGUGGUGGUUUCCAGAAUAUGGACAUUUGUAUCAUGAGUUUAUAUUAUUGUUUUCAAGUCAAGGCAUAAUGGCAUUCCUGAAAGAAAAACUUUAUCUUACAAGCAAAAGCUGUAUUAGUCGUAUUCCUGACAUUACCAAAUUUAAACACAAUUCAGUGGGCAUACAUAGUUUAGCAACCAUGGUAGAAGUACGACCUGAAAGUGCUAGAAUCCCCAGUAAUUGGCAUAUUGUUAAGCCAAUUCCAAUAAAUCACAAAAUUGUUAUCAAAUAUUAUCCGGAUAAGGAAGAUGAGAAGAGUAUAGUAACAAUUCGAUUAACGGAUAAAAAUGAAAUAACAGCACUUACCGUUAUUGUAGAUCAUAAAAUGGGGAUGCUUCUUGCAAGACGUGUUAGGUUAGAUAAUGAAAACAUAAAAUGUGUCGUUUUUGCACGCACUGAACGAAUAUAUUGGUCAUUAGUUGGUCAAAUUGAAAUUAGCGUAUUCCCACAUCAAUAUAAGGUUGCUAUGCGAGCCGUAAGAGGAACAUUUUUUGAUAUGCCUAUGGACGAAUGUAUGGUUUAUGGUCAUCAUUUAUCUCCAUAUGAUAUUCAGCAAACUAUUUUUGAUUCAACAAAUAAAAGAACAAUAUUUUAUGCUUAUUAUAUAGAACCAGUGUGA